GGAUUUGGAGUCGAACCUGCAGCAUGAGCAAACCCAACAAGAGACAGCUGACCACAGAUUGGCUGAAAAUCUCCAGGCGUUGUAUGAGGGGAACGGAAUAGUGGCAGUGGGGUCAAGUCCAAGCGAUGGACAAAGCAUCAUAGAACAUGAAGGCGCCGGUGACGGGACCGAAACAAAUGAAGAAGAAAGGCACAAUAAUAGUGAUUGCUACUUGAAACCUAUAGUUGAACAACAGCUCUAUACCUAUGAGUAGCACUCCUGUGCCAGGAGGCGCAACACAUGAUGUUGUUCCAACCAUCAGCCUAGAGUAUGUCCUGGAGCGCAGUGCUGAAGAGAACAGAGCUAGCUAUUUGUCCAGAAGGAUGGUCACUUUCGAUGAACACUUGGAGCACACCCACCAACAACGCAGGGGGACAGGUGAUGAGGCGAUUGCUAAUGACGGAGGUGUGCUGCUGUUGGGACGGCACGCUACACACCAUGCAGCAUUAGCACGGAAUGUGAUCCCCUCAGGUUUGGUAGCAUUCUCUUUACAAAAGUGUUGCUAUGUUGAUUCAACAUGCAUUACUCAGCGGUCUUCUGGCCUGUAAUCUAACAUUCAACUAACUCGUGGAUGCCAAAAAUGCAGUCCGUGAACGAGGAGAGAGCUCAGCUGGUCCAAUGCAUCAUCAACCAAGAAGAUGGGACGAUGGUAACUAUAACACCUCAGCUAUACUAUUUUCUUUUGCGAAUAAAAGUGUCCCCACUGAUUUUGAUGAUGAAUGCGGAACAGGGGUGCAAGCAAUGAAUGCUGAACUUAACAGAGGCCAAGAUCCCCCAAACGUUAGAAUUCAGUGGGGUGAAAGAUUCCCAAGGCACGUCGGCUUGUCACAUGACGAGCCACCCCCACAAUCUGUCCUGCGCUUCUAUGAUGAAAUGUUGACAGGGAGCGACAUGAAUCUUUCAAGGUAAAAAAUCUCUAUACCUAUAAUACCCUAAAACGAAUGAACAACUAGGCUUGUAGUUCUAAAUUUUGCAAGGAACAAACAACCAGAAAUCUAUCUCAUUGUUUGUGAAACAUUUUGCAGGAAGUGGUUCCGUCACUUUGUGUUCCGUGUUGCGGUGAUGUCUGGGCACGACAUACAACAAGAAUUCAGGCAUGGGGGCAAGAUAAGCCGUGUGGGAUGGAGGUGCAUCUACAAGAUGCUCUCAGAGAAGGAGCGCAGGAUGUACAAGGACUGGCUGGACCGAUGGAGGGUUUUCUUCGACCCAGUGUUUGCGGAUGAGCUCCUGAACCAUGAGUUCGACAUUGAUCUGGACCUGAUAAGGGAGAUGCUAAGCCAAAAUCAUGUAGGGUGCAGAGCUGACUGGGCAAAAAUGGUAUGUUGUCCUAUCUUUAUCACUUCUUACUUCGCAUAUUCCUUAUCACGUCAUGUUCCACUCCUGUGCAAAAAUGAUUCUACUGAAAGAAAUUCCACUCCUAUGCAGUUUAUGUUCCCUGUGUGGCUUGCACGUAUCUGGUCUCUCUAUGUGCUUGACAUAGAUCAUAAGAAAAUCUUGGUGAUGGACCCUAUGGAGACCAUGAGCGGUAACAUGAAGCUGAAGCAUGAGGAGAGUGCGAAAUUGUUUCUUAAAGGGUUCUGCUGGUGUGUAAACAAUAUCUACCAUGGCGGUUUGGUUGGAUCCCUUGGUUGGACCUUCAGUUACAACACUGGAAUGCAUCCUCCAUGCUCGAGGGAAAACAGUGGGAUAUACAUAGUGCACUACCUCAGGGAUUACAACGGCCUUUACAUCCGUACACUGACUAAUGGAGAGCUGGAGUACUUGAGGAAGAAGCUGGCCUACGAGAUAGUUGCGAUGAGAGGCAACAAGGGUGACUUCCCCGACUUCAUGUACCUGGAGAUCCUUGAGUGAAUGCUGACAGGGAAUCGUGCAACUGCGUCAACAAUCCUUUUGGUGAAGAAGUAGACCAUGAACGACCUUUUGGGAGGCAAAAAGGACUACAUCCAAGAGUCAGGCAAAUAGGCGUGCAUUUCAUCUGCCGUAGGCUGAACUACCGUACUGCUUUAAUAUCUAUUUUAUGUUGAACUAAGUACGAAGUGUGACCCCAUCGGAUCUGUGGGGGGCUACCUUACAAAUCCAGUUCUAGUUGUACGUUGAACUUAAGUCUGUAGUGUCCGUGAACCAAUAUCGCCUGGGAGUGAACUAAUGUGUGGGCUUCUAUUAGCGUAUAUGAAAGUCCUUAAAGCGAAAACGACUACUUCCAUCUGCCAUGGGCUGACCUAUUUAGAACUGAGUAUUAACUGUGCUGCUUUCUGGGCUGGGGAAUCGGGGCUAGCUUAAAGAUACAUUCGAAGUUAAAAGUGAACCAAUAGCGCACGGGGGGUGGACCACCUGUCUACGUAGGCAAGAAAAAUUCAUGAUUACUCAGCUAUUUUGUGUGAAUGGUGUUACUAAUUGCUAAUCGCAAACACUCAUGGGGCUACCAUCUGGU